UUGUAUGACAAAAAAGUUAUCCGAAUCCACGUUAUACGUUUGUUUUCAUACGCUUACCAACUUGGCUUUGUGGAAAGUGUGACAGUUUUGGACAGUAUACGUAGGCAUGAGUCUUAUUUAUUGUUUUUGUUAUGUGGCCUUCCCAAUACAUUUCAUUUAGCUUAGCGGCUGUUCGUACAUCUCCUGCGCCUUGCAGAAUUAGUUCCGCUGUGUCACUGCCUAUAUUUAGGUAAUAUUACCCGUGCGCCUAGACUCUGAAAUAUGCCGUUAUUAUUUUGCGUUAAUUCAGCAGUGAUUUCUUGAAAUGACGCCUAACAGGAAGCGUGUUCCUUUCUACUGCAGGUAUCGCAUUGAAAAUCAGCUGGACAAAAGCCUCAACCCCUGUGAUGAUUUCGCUGAUUACGUCUGUCGUCGCUGGACCACAAGACAGAAGCUUCUCCUGUCAAGAUCAGAGAUGUGGGAUAUGCUUUUGUCGUGGCUGUACAACCUUCCGGAAAGGCUGAACACAGGUUUUUCCCGAUUCCCUAUAGCCAAAAAAGUUAUUGCAAUGUUUAACGCUUGCAACAAACAGGGCGGAUCACAAAUCCACAUCACGAAAGAAUUCAUGCGCGCAAGAGGCAUUGUCUGGCCGGAAAAAGCAGAAGAAGCAGUUUCACCGGAGAAGGCCCUUUUUGACCUCUCGGUGAACUGGAACGUGCACCUGUGGUUUACCUUGAAGAUAUUUCCCUUUAUUUCGAAGGAAACUCCACGACUUAUAUUUGUGGAACCGAAUGAGCUCAUGCGUUGGUUGAAGGCCGUGUUUAGCCAAAUACCAAAGCAAACCUUUCAAAGAGUCUACAAAGAACUCUUCCGUGUUUUUUCAAAUGACACGAGCAGCGAACCGGAACCUGAAGACAUCUUGAAGACGUAUGGCGUCCUUGAGCGUGUCUUCAACAUCUUGGUACCAUCGCGUCGUUACAAACCAGGCAUUACGAAACUAUUAUCUUUGAGUGAUAUGGACUACAACUCCUCCUUUCCCAUUGGAUCGCACCUUAUGAAUGUGCUGAAUUCUGUGGCGGCAUUCGAUCCGCCGAUCUCAUUGAAUGACUUGGUGAUUAUGAAGGAGAGUUCUAAUAUUGGGAAGAUUUUCGACAUGAUCACCGAUUUCGGCAACGAGGUGGUCUUGCGCCACCUGUCAUGGUUGUUUGUGCUGGAAUAUGGGGCACUGGCACACCCAGCGGCUGUCCUGUUUAUCCUUCGUGGCAGUGGGAACCGUGCCAGGCAAGCGUUGCCCCGUUACUGCGCUUGUCAAGUCGAGUCGAGCUACAAACUCCUUGUGGCUGCCAUGGCCUCCGUAGGCCUCUUCUCCGAGCAAGAGCGACGCCGCAUCGACGAGCAUCUGGCCGCCAUUGUGGAGGAGGCUGCCAAUAAAACGUGGGCAGUCUCGUGGCUCGACAACGAUACGAAAAAAAUUGCCGUGGCAAAGCUGAAGAGCGUACGCACAGUGUUGUGGCCUUCUGACAAGUUCCUCACGCCCGAGGCACUUGACGAAGUGUACGCAAACUUCACCUACAGCGCCUCGUCGUUCGCGGAGUACUGGAUCGAGACCCGUCGCAGCCAGCGCCUGAUGUUCGGCUCCCAGGCAGCCGAAGAGGAGAUGUUCCUAGACGACAGCACCAUGCUGCCAUACGUACACUACAAACACGUGCUCAAUCACCUGACCCUCUCCAUGGGAGCACUGGCACCUCCUCUCUACUGCAAGGAUGGCACGAAUGCCAUGUUUUAUGGCGGCCUGCUGUACGCUUACGCUCGGGAGCUCAUGACAGCCAUUGACAGCGAUGGAGUUAGAUUCAACCCUAAAGGCGAGUUUGUGACGUCCUGGUUGAGCUACGGCAUUCAAGACACCUUCGAGAAGCGAACGCUCCGCUGCCUACCUGGAAACAUCAGCAUCUUCCCCGAUGUUCCCGCGAUGGAGGUGGCGUAUGCAGCAUUCAAGCGACACCACCACGAGAAUAAUAGCCGGCUGUCUGAGGAACUGACCGAGGAGAAGGUGUUCUUCAUCACCACCUGCCUCCCUUCCUGCUCUUCAACGCCUGCCGACAACAUCUACGGUGGUGACUGCAACAAGGCGGUCAUGAACUUCGCGCCGUUCGCCGAAGCCUUCGGUUGUCCCGCCGGUUCCAAGAUGAACCCUGCGUCAAAGUGCCCGUUUUACGAUUGA